AUGCGCACACCCAGAACCAGCUGCUCCCCUCUCUUGGGCGCCAUUGCCACGAACACCUUGCUGCUGUCCUCAUUGUGUCUUGUUGGGGCCUGGGUGGCCCUGGCAGGGGAGGUCACUGUGCGGGAUGGAGAUUUCUCCUUUUCCCUGGAGUCAGUGAAGAAGCUCAAAGGCCUCCGGGAGCUCCAGGAGCCCAGGAUUGGGAAAUUCAGGGAGCUUGAACCCAUGCCUUUUACAUCUGCGGUUCCCAUUCUUUGUAGCAACCCGAAAUUUCCAGAAGAACUCAAGCCUAUCUGCAAGGAGCCAAACGCCCAGGGGAUCCUUCAGAGGCUGGGGGCCAUCGCCGAGCACCCGAUCCUGUGUGAGAUCUGUGCCUACGCUGCCUGUGCCGGGUGCUAG